GCCGCGACAGCCCCGCGCCCGCCCCGCGCGGCGGCGGCAACAUGGCUGGGCGCGGGCGCUGGCGCCGGCGGGAGGAGCUCCCCCGAGCCCCCGCGCCCGCCGCGCGCGCCUAGCCAUGGCAAAUGGUGGCGGCGGCGGCCUGAGGAUGAGCAGCCACCUCCGCGCGCACCACCUCAGCCUAGACGCGUCCUCCUCCUCCUCCGCCGCGGCCUCCUCCUCCUCCUCUUCCUCCUCGGCCGCGGUCCACGAGCCCAAGAUGGAUGCGCUCAUCAUCCCGGUGACCAUGGAGGUGCCGUGCGACAGCCGCGGCCAGCGCAUGUGGUGGGCUUUCCUGGCCUCGUCCAUGGUGACUUUCUUCGGGGGCCUCUUCAUCAUCCUGCUCUGGCGGACGCUCAAGUACCUGUGGACCGUUUGCUGCCACUGCGGGGGCAAGGCGAAGGAGGCCCAGAAGAUCAACAAUGGCUCAAGCCAGGCGGAUGGCACACUCAAGCCAGCGGACGAGAAAGAGGAGGCAGUGGCAGCCGAGGUUGGCUGGAUGACCUCGGUGAAGGACUGGGCGGGCGUGAUGAUAUCUGCCCAGACGCUGACCGGCAGAGUCCUGGUUGUCUUGGUCUUUGCUCUCAGCAUUGGUGCACUUGUAAUAUACUUCAUUGAUUCUUCCAACCCAAUAGAAUCCUGCCAGAAUUUCUACAAAGAUUUCACAUUACAGAUCGACAUGGCUUUCAACGUCUUCUUCCUUCUCUACUUUGGCUUGCGGUUUAUUGCAGCCAAUGAUAAGCUGUGGUUCUGGCUGGAAGUGAACUCUGUAGUAGAUUUCUUCACAGUUCCCCCAGUAUUUGUGUCUGUGUACUUAAACAGAAGUUGGCUUGGCCUGAGAUUUCUACGAGCUCUCCGACUGAUACAGUUUUCAGAAAUUUUGCAGUUUCUGAACAUCCUUAAAACAAGCAACUCCAUCAAGCUGGUGAACCUGCUCUCUAUCUUUAUCAGCACGUGGCUGACGGCGGCCGGCUUCAUCCACCUGGUGGAGAAUUCUGGGGACCCGUGGGAGAACUUCCAGAACAACCAGGCUCUCACCUACUGGGAAUGCGUGUAUUUACUCAUGGUCACCAUGUCCACCGUUGGUUAUGGGGAUGUUUAUGCAAAAACCACUCUUGGGCGCCUCUUCAUGGUCUUCUUCAUCCUCGGGGGACUGGCCAUGUUUGCCAGCUACGUCCCUGAAAUCAUAGAGUUAAUAGGAAACCGCAAGAAAUACGGGGGCUCCUAUAGUGCGGUUAGUGGAAGAAAGCACAUUGUGGUCUGUGGACACAUCACCCUGGAGAGUGUUUCCAACUUCCUGAAGGACUUUCUGCACAAGGACCGGGAUGAUGUCAAUGUGGAGAUUGUCUUUCUUCACAACAUUUCCCCGAACCUGGAGCUGGAAGCACUGUUCAAACGGCACUUCACUCAGGUGGAAUUUUACCAGGGUUCAGUCCUCAAUCCACACGAUCUGGCUAGAGUCAAGAUAGAGUCAGCAGAUGCCUGUCUAAUCCUUGCCAAUAAGUACUGCGCUGACCCGGAUGCUGAAGAUGCUUCCAAUAUCAUGAGAGUAAUCUCCAUAAAGAACUACCAUCCGAAGAUACGAAUCAUCACUCAGAUGCUGCAGUACCACAACAAGGCCCAUCUGCUAAACAUUCCAAGCUGGAAUUGGAAAGAGGGUGAUGAUGCAAUCUGCCUUGCAGAACUCAAGCUGGGGUUCAUAGCCCAGAGCUGCCUGGCCCAAGGCCUCUCCACCAUGCUCGCCAACCUCUUCUCCAUGAGGUCAUUCAUAAAGAUUGAGGAAGACACAUGGCAGAAAUACUAUUUGGAAGGAGUUUCAAAUGAGAUGUACACAGAAUAUCUUUCCAGUGCCUUCGUGGGUCUGUCCUUCCCUACUGUUUGUGAGCUGUGUUUUGUGAAGCUCAAGCUCUUAAUGAUAGCCAUUGAGUAUAAGUCCGCCAACCGUGAGAGUCGAAGCCGAAAGCGUAUAUUAAUUAAUCCUGGAAAUCAUCUUAAGAUCCAAGAAGGUACUUUAGGAUUUUUCAUCGCAAGUGAUGCCAAAGAAGUUAAAAGGGCAUUUUUUUACUGCAAGGCCUGUCACGAUGACAUCACAGAUCCCAAAAGAAUAAAAAAAUGUGGCUGCAAACGGCCCAAGAUGUCCAUCUACAAGAGAAUGAGACGGGCAUGUUGUUUUGAUUGCGGACGUUCUGAGCGUGACUGCUCGUGCAUGUCAGGCCGUGUGCGUGGUAACAUGGACACCCCUGAGCGAGCCUUCCCACUUUCUUCUGUCUCUGUUAAUGAUUGCUCCACCAGUUUCCGUGCCUUUGAAGAUGAACAGCCAUCAAGUCUGUCACCCAAAAAAAAGCAGCGGAAUGGAGGCAUGCGGAACUCCCCCAGCACCUCGCCCAAGCUAAUGAGGCAUGACCCUUUGUUAAUUCCUGGAAAUGAUCAGAUUGACAACAUGGACUCCAAUGUGAAGAAGUAUGACUCUACAGGGAUGUUCCAUUGGUGCGCACCCAAGGAGAUAGAGAAGGUCAUCUUGACUCGAAGCGAAGCUGCUAUGACAGUCCUGAGUGGCCAUGUGGUAGUCUGCAUCUUUGGAGAUGUCAGCUCAGCCCUGAUCGGCCUCCGGAACCUGGUGAUGCCACUUCGUGCCAGCAACUUCCAUUACCAUGAGCUCAAACAUAUUGUGUUUGUGGGCUCCAUUGAGUACCUCAAGCGAGAGUGGGAGACACUUCACAACUUCCCUAAAGUGUCCAUAUUGCCUGGUACGCCAUUAAGUCGGGCUGAUUUAAGGGCCGUCAACAUCAACCUCUGUGACAUGUGCGUUAUCCUGUCAGCCAAUCAGAAUAAUAUUGAUGAUACUUCGCUGCAGGACAAGGAAUGCAUCUUGGCGUCACUCAACAUCAAAUCCAUGCAGUUUGAUGACAGCAUUGGGGUCUUGCAGGCUAAUUCCCAAGGGUUCACCCCUCCAGGAAUGGACAGAUCCUCUCCAGACAACAGCCCAGUGCAUGGGAUGUUACGCCAGCCAUCCAUCACAACUGGCGUCAACAUCCCCAUCAUCACAGAACUAGCUAAGCCUGGCAAGUUGCCUUUGGUAUCAGUCAAUCAGGAAAAAAACAGUGGGACGCACAUUCUAAUGAUAACUGAACUGGUGAAUGAUACUAAUGUUCAGUUUUUGGACCAAGAUGAUGAUGAUGAUCCUGACACAGAACUGUACCUCACACAGCCCUUUGCAUGUGGGACAGCCUUUGCCGUCAGCGUUCUGGACUCACUUAUGAGUGCGACGUACUUCAAUGACAAUAUCCUUACUCUGAUCCGAACGCUGGUGACGGGCGGGGCCACGCCGGAGCUUGAGGCUCUGAUUGCUGAAGAGAACGCCCUUCGAGGGGGCUACAGUACCCCCCAGACACUGGCCAACAGGGACCGCUGCCGCGUGGCCCAGUUAGCCCUGCUGGAUGGCCCCUUUGCUGACUUAGGGGAUGGUGGUUGUUAUGGUGAUCUAUUCUGCAAAGCUCUGAAAACGUAUAAUAUGCUUUGUUUUGGAAUUUACCGGCUGAGAGAUGCUCACCUCAGCACCCCCAGUCAGUGUACAAAGAGGUAUGUCAUCACCAACCCCCCUUACGAGUUUGAGCUCGUGCCGACGGACCUGAUCUUCUGCUUAAUGCAGUUUGACCACAACGCCGGCCAGUCCCGGGCAAGCCUCUCCCAUUCCUCCCACUCAUCCCAGUCCUCCAGCAAGAAGAGUUCUUCCGUUCACUCCAUCCCAUCCACAGCAAACCGACAGAACCGGCCCAAGUCCCGGGAGUCCCGAGAAAAACAGAAUGCAACAAGGAUGAAUAGAAUGGGCCAAGCAGAAAAGAAAUGGUUUACAGAUGAACCGGAUAAUGCCUAUCCCAGAAACAUUCAAAUCAAGCCCAUGAGUACCCACAUGGCUAACCAGAUCAACCAAUAUAAAUCCACAAGCAGCUUGAUUCCACCAAUCAGAGAAGUCGAAGAUGAAUGUUGACUCCCAGGAGACCAGACUAUUUUUUUAAAGCCUGACAAACUUCAUAAAUGGUGACGUGACUUUUCUUCCUCUUACAUGCUGAAUCACUGGUGAAAACGUUAGGAUAAAGCAAGAAUUGCAAGAAAAAUAAAGUAGACGGCUCUUUCUCUUUGUCUGCCUUGAAUAUUGCUUCCAUGUAUUUUGGAAAAGAAAAUUAUUUCAUUUAUAAAUGAACAUAUAAGACUAGUCAUGUAUAGCCUCUAGCAUUUUAAAUUAUUUUUGUUUAUUAGAAAGAAAAUAUAUUUUUCUUUUUUUUUCAUUGUCAACUAUCUUCCCUAUAGCUAAACAAUGCAAAAUCAAAACAAAUCUGUGGCCAGACUCCUUAGUGCGUGUUUCUCUUCUUUCUCUCUUUUUUUUUGAGGAGAAUGAUGGUCACCUCCACAAUUAAUUGUAGUUAAGGGAAAUGAAGAAUUAGAACAAUUUUUAAAUGGUUCAAUGAUGUAAACAUGUAUUUUAGUAAAUUUAAAAAAAAAGGGAAGGGGCAGGUGCAUUUUCUGAAUGGGUGUGUAUUUUAGCUGCGUUGACACCAGCUCUUAAUAAAUGGAAAUGUAUCUAUUUUCACAAUUGAAAGUCAUAUUUUUGUAGUUUUAGUUUUUGUUCUGUAUUUCUCAUCCCUUUGGUCAUAGAGUUAAAGGGAAGACCUUUCUUGCAACUUUUCUACAAUUGCUAGGUCAGGUUUACCAGAUUAGCUCAUGAGAACUGGAAAAGAUUGUGAGCACAGUUGGGAGAUGGAAUUUGAGUGCCUGAUGCAUACAGACAUGGCUCUGUUUGUUGUUGUGAGGUGGGGACACCUCCAUGCUGCUUUACUUCCCAUUUCACCACUCCAAACCACCCUAUCGAGGAAUUUCAGCUUUGGUAGGGUCUGGUUGGUUUUCUUCCCACUCCCUAAAUCUCAGAACUUUCAGCUUGAAAAUUUGUAAACACCGAUUGAAUAAUUUCACUAAACCAUGAAUGAGAUCUGACAAUAGAUUCCUUUCAUUUAAUUUUAUUUCAAAGCUAGACAUUCCCAAGGCAGUGAUUUUUUCCCCAGAUUUUCAUUCUGCAGGCUUUCCCUUAGUUGCUGGGACAAAACACAUAAACUUGAUAUAACAAUGUAAGGUCAUAAUGUAAACAACAAUGUAAACAGCAUAACUAAAGCAACACAUGCACUUACUACAGGCUGUUAGAAAAGUCCUUUGAAAACUACCAGCAAUGAAAUCAAAUGAAUUGGUCACAAACUAUGGUCAAGAGAUUUUUCUAGCCACUAGACACAAUUAUGAAGUCUAAAAACUUCACUGUCACUUGCAUGCUGAGUGUACCAUUGUCCCAGUAACUGUUAUGCUCCAAAUGAUUUAGCAAGUUUUUCCACUUCAAAUUUAUCACUCACUGAUACCUUCAUUAGGGUCUCUGGGAAAGCAUGGAUGUGAUACUGAUUUUUACUUCCUUAAAAAUGUAAAUUGUGAACACUUGAAGAAACCAAACUAACUAAAAUAGCUCCACAAAGUCCCAUGACAUUUAGUCCAUUGGUUUUUUAGGCUAUGGCCCUGUGGUAACUAGUGUGUUAGUGCAAAUCAGAUCAGAGCCAAAUACGGAAUUCACCCCGGAAUCAUGUUCACCAAGUACUCCAAUUACAAAUGUAGGCGAAACGACCUUCACCUCUGCCAACUCCCUGCAGAGUCAAUGUAGUUGUGCUUCCACCUUGUAGGCGCUGUCCUGAAGUGAACUUGUCAGACUGUGGUAUCCUGUUGUCACAUUUUGUAGAAUUAGUUCUAUAAAAGUAUUGUGAAUUUAAUGUAUGUCCAAUUGGAUUGUUAAAAAACUAUUUAUAACCAAUUACUAGUCUACUCAGCAGACUAAAAUGAUGUCAGCAGUCUGUAUUCAGGCUUAUAAACAUUUUCUGGUUUCCAACUGAAGUGAAUGGAUUUGUGGGGACUGAAUAGAAAGCCCAGCCUACUUCUUUAUCAUGACUUUGCAUUCGGAUGACCUUAGCACUUUCACACCAAUCCACACUCUUCUUUCCUUCAUGAAACUUAGUGUGCUUUCUUUCAUCCUUGUUUCUGAUGACCAUUUAUAGAUUAGUCAUCUCUUGGUCUCCACUGGCAGGCGAUGGCAGUCACCUAAAUCCUCUUCUGUUAAAGGAACUUAGACCACAGUGCAGAGUGUUCCAAUACCUUUGCUUGGUUUUCCCCAUCUUGACUUGCCAAGGCAGACUGGAAGCAGGAGUGGAAACUCCUUGUCCAUAAUAAUUAGAGAUUUGAAUCAAAACUUUUAUUUUUAAUCAUAAUGUCUAAGAUGGAUUCCUAUAGAGGAAGGUGUCCUCAUAAAAAACAAAAAACAAAACUCUCUAAUUGUCAGGAAUAGGUCUUCUUCUAAUUUAGAGAAGAAAACUCAUGGUAGUUUGUUUUUGCAAUAAAUUUCUCUUGGCCAAAAAUAUUAAGUCAAUUCUUUAUUUUAAGUGGUAGCUACAAUGACUGAUUGAAGGCCCUACUAGACAAAACUGGAGACUGGUAGGUUGAAAGUGAAAUGGAAACAAAUAAAAUUUGUAAGAUGAUCAACAGAUGUCAGAUAAUGUCAAAGCUUCUUGACUUGUUUCUGUUCUUUAAGCUCAAAGACCUGAGGAAUUCCCCUCCUAUCCAGUGUGACAGAACCAUCUUUCUGCCUAAGUUCAGCAUAGAUCAAUAUUGACCAUCAUUGAUAUAGUUUGUAUCAUGACAUUUUGAUAUCCCAUCCCAAUUUAAUGUUCUAAAAAAGCCAUUUUCCCAAACUACUAACCCUUGAGUGCUUUCAGAGUCAGGCUCAGAAAAGCAAAAAGCAACUAUUUAUAAAUCCAUCACUACCAUCAUCAUCUUUCUCAUUAAUAAAGCAUUUACUUUUGUCUGAGCAGUUUUCUAUUUUAAAAGUUCACUUUGAACCAAUAUAGAAUACCUUAAAUAAAAGUUAUUGUGAUAAGGCACAUAAAGAAACCCCCAGAAGCUCUUCCCAAAUGUUGCAAUACCUUAUGGUGUGCUUUCUACAAAACUUAAGAAGACUUUAAAUAAACAUGAAAUUAAAACUGUUUGGCUAGUGUUAGAUUUUUCUACUGAAUGAUGGAAAAGUCCAACAUUGUUCUAUUGUUAGUAUGAGGAUUCAAAAGCUACAUCUGCAAAUAACUAGUUAUGCACUUUGGAAAUGUUCUUUAAAUUCACCGUCUUAGUGACCUCAUUUGAAAAAUGAGAGUGAUUCACUCAAGUGACUCCAAGGCCCCUAUCAGAUCUGAGAGGAUAUGACCCAAAUUAGAGUGGGAGCAUGGCCCUUGGAAACAAUCUUGUCCAGUUCCACACUCAUGGGCCUUCAUACUGUGUCACCCAAACAGCAUUCCUAAACACAGUGUACAUUUUCUGCUCUGCACAUGUACCAGUCAAAUUCACUUCUGUAAUUAAUAAGUUGAAAUCUUUACGUUCAAAUCACAAUCCCCAAAUUCCAAAUUAUGUAAACCACAUUGAGCAGAUUUGAUCAGAAAAAAAGCUGUUUUUUUUUUCUGAAACUCCUCACUUUCUCUCCUUUUUCUUUGUUCAAGACUAGAUUCAGUCAAUCCUUUUAUAUCAUAUCUCCAAUUUUCAGUAUUUAGAGGUCCUGAUCCCCAAUUCCUGUAGCUACAUGAUUCUUUUUUUCUACACAUAGGCCCGGGUUUUAAGAAACAAUUGUGCUAACUUCUCCUUUCAUUUCCUGUGUUCUAUGAAUCUGAUAUUUUCCUUUCAGUGUGCUAUCUAUUUGAUAAUUACAUUCAUAAAUCUUAUUUUUAUUGAUAAAUAUUCUUUUUUUGUCAAAGAGAGCUUCAGGUUAGGGAGUUAGUAAGGAAGAGACAAAGGGAGAAAUAUAGGAAAAGGGAGUAAAAGAAUACCAAAACAAUUCACGGGGAUAUUGGCCACCUUAUUCAUAGGAUAGUAAGUAAAAUCAUUCAAAUUGGAAAUAGAGAUCCAAUGCAGAAUUUAUCUUCUUUCUCUUCUGUCCCUAUGGUCUAUUUUCAAUUCUGUCCCUAGUUGCUGCUUUUGGAAGAAUGGUUAAAUCACCAAUCACAAUAGCCUUUGAAAGGGCUUUCACUUAUAAGCUCCGGGCUCAUCCAUCCUCUUUAAAAAACAAAAGAGAAUUCACUUAGAACUCACCUAGUAAAUAACAUUUCUGUCUCCUACUCUCCACUCAAAUGUUUCACAUCUUUCCUUUUACUUUUUAUAACAUUUUAAUCCCAUUAUUGAUCAAGGAAGUAAAUUGGGUCUUUGAAUUUACUCAUGAAAUUGUUGUAAUGAUAAUUUCCAGAGAGUUUAUACAGCAUGACCAUAUUGGUUGUCUGAGUGGAGUUUUGGUUGUUUGGUUUUUUUUUUUUUGGUGGUUGUUGCCCAUGUAAUAUUACUUGGUAAUUUUUUUAGUAGUUCCUCCCCUCCCCAAGUAAGGCUGCAGAGAUAGUACAGUAGAAAGCCUUGCAUGCAGCCUAUGCAGGUUUAGUGCCUGGUAUCCCAUACAGUCCCUUGAAUUAUAGGGGACCAUAGGGUCCACCAGGAGUGAUCCCUGAGGACAGAGCCAGAAUCCCUGAGUGUGGGUAUGGUUCCCUAAAAAGAAAAAAUCUGUCCCCAAAUAAGAGAAUUUGAAGUAAUCUUAACUUCUUUUUUAUUUUUGGCCAAGAAAGUUCAAAGUGCAAUUUUCCAUUCCUACAAUAAACUUGCUUGGAAAAUUUACAAAGAGAAAGAAAUCCAAAGUGAGCGCCUGUUUUUCUCUAAAGCAUUUGUAAGGUCCCAUAUCACAGCCUAUGUGGAAAGGAAUUUUGGGUUAGAAUCUCUAUACCAGAACUUUCUCUUUUGCCUCAUUUUUAAUGAGGUCCAAUAUUGUAUCAAAAGGCAGGUCAGAUAUCAAGAAGUUGAAAAAGAAUAUUAAAAACAUUUCAGAUAUCACCAGCCAGAGUCUUGUUUAUGGUUUCAAGAGUUGGAACUUAGGAAGAAGAAAAGAUUGCUAUUAAAUUAGAUGGGUUAGGAAUUAUUCAGAGAAAUAAAAUUCUUGGUAAAAUUGGAAGGUAUUUUGAUAAAAAUAGGUAAUUGGAUAAUUGUGAAGGAUGGAGGUUUUCCAGGGAGGAAGAGACUUAAUGGAUCAUAAUACAUUGGUAAGGAUGUGAUUUCAAGACAUCAGCCACUUUGUCUAUGGUGAUAAUUUUCUUCAUAUUCUUAUAGGGGAGCUAAAGAAAAUUAAUAUGAGCAUUCAUGGAAAGAAACAGAAAGCAGAUAUUGUUUAGGGUCAAGCUAAGAAUUGAGGCCUGAUUUUAAAAGUCAUAGAAAAUUACUGGAAGUUUUCAACAAAUAGUGAUGAAAAUCAAUGUGCACUUAGCUCUGGUUGAAAGUUUUGAGAUAUUAAUUUGUCCUUGAAGUUGUUAUAGAGUGUAAACAAAGGCAAAGUCCUUCUCAGUAGCUUGGAGUGCUCAAGGGUGCCCACUCCGAGUAAAAGCAACUCAGUAUGGGAAACACCCCUCUCCCAAUAAGUGUAAUGCAUCACAACAGUGAUGCAAACUAGUUGGAGUUCUAGGGACUAGUGUGUGAGCUUAUUGUUGAAGCAAUGAUUGUGGUUCUGGAAAAAUGGAGUUUUGAAUGGAACACUGAAUUUGUACCUCAGAGUAUAACCAGGUGGAGAAAUAAGAAAAGACAAGAAGAUGAGCCAAUAGAUAUGAGUAUCUGAGAAGUGUUUUACUGAAUUCAUCCAAAAAGGAAUAAUUGGAGACCUAUCCAGACAAGGCAUUGUAGGUAAAGGAGUGGGAAAAAUGAAUGUUGUAAGGUUAAAAGCCAGACUCAUAGAACUCCUUGUGAAGUGGGGAAUAUGACUGAGUUCUCCAAAGAAGAAGAGCAGAUACAGAAGAGUAACUGGCAGAAGAUGUGAGGGGACCUAGCCUGGAUUUAAGGGAUAAAGAAGCAUUUGUAGCUAUGAAAAGGAAAGUAAGAGAGAACUCUGGAGGGGAUGGGCCAUCUUGGAGACUGAAGGUAGAGGGUCUAUUAGAAAUAGUGACUGAAAUACAAGGACUCACUGGGCCAAGACAAGGCUCUAAUUAUUUGGUUUACUGCCAUAACUUGUCAUGGAACCUGGCUUAGGGUAGACAGUUUCAUUUUAGACAUCUUGAGACAUAGAUGUUCGACAACCCUUAUGGGUCAUGGGCAUAUUUUCUAGGAAGGAAUGAAUCAAAAGAAAGUUCUUAAUGUGGGCCUGUUUUUUCACCACCUUGUUCAUAUCAUACCACCACUUAUCUCCCACGAUCAGGACAGCACUGGUUUCAUCAUUCCUACUUUACAAUCACCUUGCUUAGUCGUUUUUUUUCCAACAAAGCAACACAAAGAGAAGGGGUGUUGGUGCCAGAGAAAGCUGACCUUCAUUUCUAGAUAGAUUUCCAUUCUUAAAGGUUUCCUUUGGUUUGUUUAUCCCUUGAGGAUCUCUGUAUUUCAUCUCUGCUACCUUGCUAUAAAGCAGAACAGGGACAUAAGUGAUGGCAAAAAUCUCUAGUGUGUUUGCCUUAGGAAGCAUUACUGGCCAGGCUGUUCAGAUUCUUGAAUAGAAAUGUACACAAAGUACUGACAUGUGUCGGCCAGAGCAAACCAGAGCUUUCCCCACAUGGGAUUCGGGGUCAGUGUGAGAAGGCGGCCAGUAGGCCAGGAAGCCCAGCCAACAAGGUUGCUGGAGCCCCACUUCCUACACUCAACUGAAACACUGCAGCUAGUUCCCUUUCUUCCGUUUAGCGGCAGCCUGAGACACUUUUGACCAGAACUGCAAUGUUUGAAACGUAAACCAAGGUCUGCCUGCCUGGAAGUCCUAAUUAAAAAUGUUCCAUUCCCAGGUGGCACAAUCACAUCCUGCCUGAAACCUCUGGCCCACAUCCCACCACCCAGAUGUUGAAAAGAAACUUACCCCCUACUCACCGCCAAACCUGCACUUCACAUUUCUCCAGGGAACAAAAAAUAAGUACACUUUCACAGUGGUCAGCCUCCAUGUUCAUGAAGGAAAAAAGAGCGUGGAUUUGUUCAUCUUCUUUCAAAGUUUGGAGUUGUUGGAAUUAUGAUUAUGAGUUUGAUAAUGUCAAGUUGCUAUGACCUAACAGGAAUUUGGGGGAGAGAAUAAAUGCUGGUGCUCUGAAAUGAUCUACCAACUCUGUCAUCUGUAACAACCAGUGAUAACUCUCUUGUCUUGUAAAAAGGGUUUGUACAUAACUUGUACAUGGUUUCAUUUUGUAUUUUUCGCAGAUUAAAAAUUUAUGUAUUUGUGUUCUAAAA